AUGGAGAAACAAAAUGCGGCGACAGAGCAUCACAUCGAGGCGACCACCUCCGCCUUGGACGAUGAAAAGAGUAACAACCUAACACAUCGCCAUGCAAAAGAAGUCAAUGUCCAGUCUGUGGCCCUCGCCGAUGCCAUCGCCAAGGACAAGCCCAAUUUCAGGUCAAAGUCGCAGAUGACGCUGUACGCGAUGAUGUGUCUCUGCGUUCUAAACGGCAUCAUGAACGGCUACGACGGCUCCGUAAUGUCCGCCAUCAACGCAAUGGACCCCUUCCAGGCCCGAUUCCAAAUCGGCCUCACGGGCGAGCUCAACGGUGCCGUCUUCUCCAUCUACACCGUCGGCAAUAUCGUCGGCAGCCUGAUGUGCGGGUACAUCAUGGACCGCUGGGGCCGCCGCGCCUGCAUGUUCUCCGGCGGGUUCAUGAUCGUCCUGGGUUCCGUCCUGCAAGCGAGCAGCUACCAGCUUCCGCAGUUCUUUAUAGGGAGGUUCAUCGUCGGCACGGGGACGCCCAUGUGCGCCACGUCUGCGCCUGUGUUCCUUGUCGAAAUUGCGUAUCCCACGUGGAGGGGGUUAGCUGGUGGGUUGUAUAAUGUCCUGGGGUGGUAUAUUGGCGCGAAUCUGGCUGCAUGGACAUGCUACGGCACCAACUUUAUCCCCAAUGACUGGGCCUGGCGCAUUCCCUAUAUCAUCCAGCUCCUCCCGGCCACCAUUGUCGUCUCGGUCGUCUGGUUCCUCCCGGAAAGCCCUCGCUGGCUCUGGUCGCAGGGCCACACCGACCGCGCGGCGGCGAUCCUGACAAAGUACCACGGCGACGGGAACCCGCACUCGGCUCUUGUGAAGCUCGAGCUCGACGAGAUCCGGCUGUCCCUGGAAGCCGAGCAGGAGCUCAACAACCACAACUGGAACUACAAGGUCCUGAUCAACAACCGGCCCAACCUGUACCGCAUGUGGCUCAUCAUGCUGGUAGCCGUCUUCUCGCAGUUUAUUGGAGGCGCCGUAAUCUCGUAUUAUCUGCCGGCCAUGGUGCGGGGCGUGGGCAUUACAGACUCGAGCCGGCAGUUGCUUCUCAACGGGAUCAACACCGUCAUUUCCUUUGUCAGCGGCAUCUUUGGGUCCUUCUUCGUCGACAAGGUCGGUCGGCGGCCGCUGUUCCUCUGGGGCACCCUGCUCACGGGCCUGGUCUACAUCCCGAUCAACGUGCUGGCCGCGAGGGCGGAGCACAGCAUCGCGGAGGGUACGUCGGUGCCCACGUCCCAGGCGUACGCCUUCAUCGCCAUGAUCUUUUCGUACGGCAUCUUUUGGGGCUUCUGCUGGACGCCGCUGCAGGCGCUGUACCCGGCCGAGAUUCUCAACAACGAGAUCCGCGCCAAGGGGAUGGGCGCAAAGGGGUUCAUCUCGGGUAUCGCGAGCUUCAUCAACACGUACGGGACCUCUGUGUCGAUCAAGCAUAUUGGUUGGAAAACGUAUACGAUUUUCUUGGUUUUGCAUUUUGUGCAUCUUGGGCUCAUGUACUUGUCUUGCGUGGAGACGAAGGAGCGCACGCUGGAGGAGCUCGAGGAGAUCUUCAACGAUCCCAAGCCGGUGAAGAGGAGUUUGCAGAAGACUACCGUGGUUGUUGACAGCGGGUUGGGUGUCAAGAUCAAGGACGAUGCUUGA